GCUGGACUAGUCAGUCACUAAAAUAUAAAUAUUUUUGCUAGCGGUAGUGCGACAGAAUUAAUUCAGCAGCUACAGAAUUAUUUCAACUGCUAAGGAUAUUAUUAAUUUGAGUUCGAUAUCUGUUUGGACUUCUCAUUAAAAUGGUAAAAUCGUGGUAUAUGGAUAAUGAUACGACAAGUGAUCAACGUUUAGAGCAUCACAGAAAUCCUCCCGAAUUUAUAUCAUUAGAAGAUUUGUUCAAGAAAACAGGUGUUGAAUACUUUAAACUUGAUGUUAACACCUAUGCAACUGAUGGAAUUUUGGACAAAAUUAAAAAGGAUCGUGGAUAUUCCUUCGAAGAUGAAAUUAUCUGUUCAGAAAAGUGUCUGUCCAACUAUGAAGAGAAACUCAAAUCAUUCUAUACUGAGCACCUCCAUACUGAUGAAGAAAUAAGAUUUGUUGUGGAAGGUUCCGGAUACUUUGAUGUCCGUGAUAGUGAAGACAGAUGGAUACGGAUAGCUGUGUUCCCAGGAGAUAUGAUUGUCAUACCAAGUGGUAUCUACCACAGGUUUACGCUUGACAGUAAUAAUUUUAUUCGUGCCAAACGCUUCUUUGUUGGAGAACCAGUAUGGCAGCCCUACAAUAGACCUGCAGAUGAGAUGCCAUGUCGCAAGGAGUACCUCGAUCAUAUGCAAAAAGGAUUUAUUACUGCACAUUAAAUUCUAAAGUUGGCUUUCCAAACAGUGUAAGUUUAGGCAAGCGAUCUUGAAAUGUGAUGUAAAACUUGAUCACUGAAAUUUUGCAUUGCAAACGCAGGAUUUUUUCUGUGUAAGGCAUUGAAUAAAACGAAAACAAGAUGUAUUCAAAUGAAGCACAUCAAGGUACCCAAUUUUUAUGUCUCUUCUGUAGGUAAGAAAGACUUCCGCAUAUGAACACACAAGUGAAUAGAGGAAUCAAUAUAUAUAAGGCAUAUCUUAUCGAAUGGGUGGUAGUUUUUUAUGUUCAAUAAGAGAUUGUAAAAUCUUAUUUCGUAUAGAAAUAAUUUGGUUUAGAAUAAUAUAUUUACGCCAUCGCAAAACUGGCCACAAUUUGAUGCUUUAAAUCAUAAAAUUAUAAUAUAUACAUAUACGGCCCUAGGAAUCCAAAAUAGAAAAUGCACCGCAAUUAUCGUGGGGUCUGGCAGAGUUAUGCUCAGGGCCGCAAGAUUGGUUCAGUGAUUAGCUACUUUAUGUGACAUGAUGUCUCGAUCGUGACAAAGAUUAUUAUAACCAUAUUAUAUUCACUAUUAUUACAAUAAUAGCUAACAGUUGCUUGUACUAGAGCAUUCUUAAUUGAAGUUAUAUGGUUAGCGUCUUCUUGGCACUUUCAUUUGUCAUUUUCUGUGAUGAGAACCAUAGUGGCCUAGGUAUUUUUACAGCACCAUGUUCUUACAGCUAAGAUUAAUAAUAUUGGUAGAACCAGAGUGCCCUAAAAGUGAUUUACUUAGAAAAAAAUAUUUUAAGGUUUAUAUUUGUUCCAAAAAAGUAAUUAUUCUAAGAAUACAAAAAAAAAAUUUCAAUGUUGGUAAAUUUCUUAGUCUAUGUUGCAGUGAUACUAUUAAAGUUAGUUUGAAUCCCAUCUGGGUACAAGGCUCCACCUUUUUGUAAUUUUUGUCUAUGGCUGUGUUAAACCAGUUAUCAUCCCUCUUAUAGUUUAAAAAAAAUCUUUUCGAUUAAUUUUUAUCCUCGGUUCUACCUCAACUUCGUUACUGUUUUUAGCAUAAUAAUAUAUUCAAUGUAAUUUUAUUUCCAUUUGAAUUGGCUUCGGUUUAGUUUGAUUAGCUGGGCUGUUUACACAGUUAGCCUCUUUAUUUGGCCAUGGUGCGUGUUCGUUUCUCUUCUUAAUCCAACCAGCCCAAAUCGUUCCAAAAGUCUAGCAGUCUUUUCAAAUUUAUGGAAGGAUCCGGAAGUCAGAAGUGAUAUCGGAGGAUUUGUGCUAGUUGCUUGGCUAACCUCCUGCAUUCCAUAAGAAAGUGUUCUGGAGUUCCUUCUUCCCCCAUGUAUCCUCAACACACAAAGCGCUGUCCGUUCGCCUUUAAUAGAUAGAUGCUUGUUUAUUUGGCUUCGGGUUGCUAUUUGACAUAACCUUAUGUUUGGCAGCAUUCAUGUGGACUCCGACUUUUUUUGCUUUUUUUUUUGUUUAACCUUGCCCCAAAGGUAGGAUGCAAUAAAGGAACGCAACCUAUCCCAAUCUGCUGAUGAUGAAUGCGGGUCGCUGGUGGUCUGCGACGUUGGCGUCGGAUAGGCACUACACUCCUGACCAGGCAAUGGUCGGACGUUCCGAGAGGGGCGUCGACAAAGACCUGGUAACCAUCGGGAUGUGUAGUCAGCAGAAGAUCUAAUAUUUCUACAAGAAUUUCAUCUUCGCACGACACGCCACAAGUCACGAUAUCAUCCCCACCAUCUAGAUGUGUGGUGGUCCUCCACAGUGCGGUUUUCAAGGAGCUUUCUUCCACGUACUACGAAGCUGUGGAUUGAGCUUCCUUGUGCGGUGUUUCCGGGACGAUACGACAUGGGUACCUUCAAGAAAAGCGCGUACACCUUCCUUAAAGACCGGCAACGCUCUUGUGAUUCCUCUGGUGUUGCAAGAGAGUGUGGGCGGCGGUGAUCACUUAACACCAGGUGACCCGUACGCUCGUUUGUCCUCCUAUUCCAUAAAAAAAAAAUAAUAAGGACGGCAUGUGGCUAUCCACAUCCGGGAGCCGCGUUGGCGACUCAACCAAUUGGGAGAGACCAUACGCCUCAUGGCCUCCCGUCCUCGACACUAACCUAUGCGAAACAUAGCGGCAAUAGGCCGCUACUUCACACGAAUUCUGUGCGAGUGUGGUAAUUAACCCCGACGAGUCUGGCCCUAUUGUGCUGACGUCAUAAGACGGCUCUUACGCCACCCAUGGGCCUGGGACUACCCUAUUCUUUUUACGCCCCGGGGAAAGUACAGGGCAAAUGUUGCUUUCCAUUUCAAAACCCGGACCUAAAAAUCUUUUUUGGACCGUAAUUCGUAAAAAAAAAUUUUUUCAUGACGAUAAGGGACAAUACGAGAAGGACGUUCAGCUGGUGGUAAUUGAUACGCCCUGCCCCUUACAAUGCAGUGCCGUUCAGGAUUUUUGAAAUAUCCAAAAAGUAGAGACUACUAUCUGAGUAGCACUACAAUUAUUGCGCUAGUCACCUUGAGACAUAAGAUGUUAAGUCUCGUUUGCCCAGUAAUUUCACUAACUACGGCGCCCUUCUGACCGAAACACGAUAAUGUUUACACAUGUUACAUCAAUAGCGGAGAUAAAUACAUCUUCAAUUAGUUCUGAAUUUGCUUCCAUUUAUCUGACAUUCUUAAAGAGACCAUAAACAAUGAAUGAAAAAUUUAAUUUAUCAAUUAGUUUUAGCUUUCUCCACUUUUUUCUAUAUACCCUUUCACUAUGCCUAAACUUACACUUCCACAUGACUUACAACAUUUAAAAAGGGAUCUAAAAUUUAAUAAAAACAUGUAUCAUGGUUUCUUAUGUAAUCAUGUUUAUAUUUUAUGGGAUUAUUAUGUUUAUUUGAAUAAUUGCUGAAGAGCAUCAACUCAAAACGAAACGCAAUAUUAAAAAAUAAAUAUUAUUGUCUAUAUAAUUCGUGGGGUUAACAUUAUUAUUUAGUAGGUUAAGAAAUUUGUGAUAAACAGGAGUAGAAAUAUACCUAAGUCGAAUAUUUACAUAAUAUUUAAUAGUUAAGAUUUAAAUGUAAUUUCUUAAUGAUGUUAUUGAAUUAUAUUAUUUUUCUAUUUGAAA